AUGUCGACGUUGACUCCGCGACAUUUACAGAGGCAUGGGCCUACUGGAGUUCCACCCAUAUGGACACUGUUCUGCCAGAUUUCAUGGAAGAACUCCCACCAGAACCCGGGGGACGAUGGUCUUGAGAAUCUCAAUGUGGACGACGAUGCUGAUGUCGGAGGUUCCUCGGGAGAACUCGCUCGGCGGCUGUCUAACCGCGCGACGAUGGGUGUCCGUCAGGCAGAUCCUGAGGGGCGUGGAGAGCGUGGUUUCGAUCGUCAGUAUGGCUGGACACCCCAAGUUGGUCGUUACACCUUUCCUGAUGACUACUGGAAGGAGUUGAAGCUGAGUGUUCCUGCUACUCUGGCAGUCCAUCCAUCUGCCGAUCGGACAUUAUAUGACUAUUUCAUUACCCACCAUGAAAGUGAACUUGCCUGCCGGCGGAACAAGCAAUUCGUGAUCAAUCUCGAUGGCAAGGCGGGCACAGGCAAAUCGCACGUCGUCACGUUCAUUGCGGCAACCCUAGAACCGAUGGGCACAAGCGUCAUGGAAAGCCUAGUCCAAUUGCUCGUGUGGCCCCCACUGGGCUUGCUGCCCAUGCUGUCAGUGGCCGAACAUUGCAUUGCUCAGUUCAAGCUGCCCCUCAAGUUGGUCAAGGGUUACGAAGAUCUGAGUACCCAGAACCUGGCUGCGCUUCAGAAUGCCGAGUUGAAGCAUGUUCGAUAUCUGAUUCCACCAAGGGAGAUCUUCAAAGAGAAGAGUAGGACCAAGUUUAGAUGCAUCGACAUCGCAAUUGCGGGCGACUUCUGGCAACUCCCUGCUGUUGGUGUGAGACCUCUCUUCUACGUGGGUGAGACGUCCAAUCCCGAGGAGAUCGCUGGCAACAGUCUUUCCAGACGAUUCAACAGGACUAUUGAACUCGAUGCCAUCCGUCGCCAGCAGGGACAGGAUGCUGAAUCCGUCGCUUUUCGAAAGGCUCUCGAUGCUCUCCGUGAUGACUCCGGGAUUCCGGCACCCGCGGACGCCUUACGCAUUUACGGCAAGAAGACGGGAGAUGCGCAGUACAAUCACGAUCGUCUGCGAGAUCUCUAG